AUGGAUGCUCUCAGCAUUGCCAUAGAGGCUGCCGAGACGACAGUGGCAGCCCUCCCGCCAGGCCACGCUGAUCGACCUAUACUUUUGAACAACCUUGGAAUCUGCCUCGUCGAGAGGUUUACCCUGAGCAGCUCGAUGGAAGACCUCGAUCGUGCCAUUGAAGUUGCUGAUGCGGCCAUCAACUCUACGCCUCAACAGUAUCCUGGUCGAUUGCGCUAUAUGGAUAAUCUUGCGACAAGACUCGGUAUGCGGUUUGGGUUGACCGGGUCGAUUGAUGAUCUCAAUCGUGCCAUUGACCUUGUCGAAAUGGCAGUGGAAGCUACACCGCCUAACCAUAUUUAUCGCGGCCGUUUCUUAGGCAACCUUGCGAUUUGGCUUUGUAAACGAUUCGAGGGGAUUAGUUCGACGGAUGAUCUGGAUCGCGCUAUCUGGGCUGCCGAUAUGGCUGUAGAGGCCUUAUUGGACAACGCAUCUCGGCGGGAUAACUACUUGAGUAUUCUGGGGAAUUGCCUCGGCAGACGAUAUCAGCAGACGGGAUCUCUAGAUUACCUUGACCGUGCGAUAUCAGCUGCUGAGCUAUCGCUAGAGGAUCCAGACCAAGAUGCCAUCCAUCGAGCCGCUUACUUGAACACUCUCGGUCUGUGGCUUGGUGAACGAUCUGAUCGAACCGGCUCCAAGGCCGAUCUUGAUCGUGCCGUCGAAGCUACCGAAAUGGCAGUCGAGGCUUUACCGCCCGAGCAUCCUGAGCGAGUCAUGUGUCUGAUCAAUCUCGGCAAGAUUCUCGGCAGACGAUUUGAACUGACUGGGUCAAUGAGUGAUCUCGACCGCGCCAUCGAGGUUUCUGAUGCUGGGCGAGAACUCUUGUUGCCUAAUAGCCCUUCUCAAACCGCAUGUCUAAACAACCUUGCCAUGUGGCUGAGCAGGCGAUUUGAUCGGGCAGGCUCGAUGGACGACCUCAACCGGGCUAUACAAGUUGCUGAACUAGCUCUAACUGUCACCCCCAGGGAUCACCCCGAGCGUUCAGUCUGUUUAGGUACUCUUGGAGUUUGUCUUGGGAAGCGAUUCGAUAGAACAGCCUCGAUGGACGAUCUCAAUCGCGCCGUUGAAGUGGAAAGCACGGGUGGAGAGUCUGUUCCUCCAGGCCAUCCUUUCAAAGCGAGCCAUUGGGAUGCCCUCGGUGUAUGGCUCGAUAGACGAUUCGACAGAACUAGUUCGAUGGAUGAUCUCAACCACGCCAUCGAGGUAGCUGAAAAGGCAGUGGAGGCAACUCCUCUCGAGCACAUGGACCGAGCCAGCUAUCUUAAUAAUCUCGGAUGCUAUCUUGACAAGCGAUACGAGCGAACUGGUUCUCUGAAUGAUAUCAACCGCUCUCUGUCGUGCUUCAAGGAGGGUUGGGAUUGCCCAGGCACGCCCACGUCUAUCCGUAUUCGUCUGGCGCUGAGUGCCGCUGAAACCUAUGCCUCGCAGUCAAACUGGGAAGAAUCAAGCCAGCUGCUUGAAAAGGCCGUGGAACUGCUCCCUGCCGUCAGUCCGCGCUCGUCAGCGCAUAACGACAAGGAGCACAUGCUCGCAAACUUUGUAGGCCUCGCUUCCACAGCAGCGGCUGUCGCCUUGAACGCAGACAGAGAUGCCUAUCAUGCCUUAAAGUUGCUUGAGCUGGGCCGUGGGAUCAUCACCAAUUUUCUGAUGGACAUGAGGGGUGAUAUUUCCGACUUGAAGCAAAGACAUGCUGAUUUGGCGGAUGAGUUCGUAUCCCUCCGGGACGAGCUCGAUUCCCCGGCGGAUAGUCCAUCUCUUUCAGUCCCAACCAAUGGCGCGAGUUCCCUAGAAUCGCAAGCGAAACGACGUCGCGAGGCAGACCAGAGAUUCACAGAGCUCAUUACCGAGAUUCGUGCUCAGCCGGGCUUUGGGAGCUUUUUUCUUCCGCCGACUGCAGAUGAGAUGAUGGCUGCUGGGAGCUUGGGCCCCAUUAUCGUUGUUAAUCUGAGUUCGUAUCGCUGCGAUGCCUUUCUUGUCCAACUCGAUCGCAUUUCAGUGGUAGAACUUCCUGACCUCAAGUCGGAAGAGGCACAGAAGCGAGCUCAGGGCCUGCACUCAUAUGGUCCCUCAAGCUCUUUCAACAUGGAAUCACUAGUGGAAUGGCUCUGGGAUGUUAUCUGCCGUCCGUGCCUAGACGCCCUUGGCUUUAGGGAUCCGCCUUCUGAUGAUAAUUGGCCUCGUGUGUGGUGGAUUCCCACGAGGUAUCUCAGCCGGCUUCCUCUUCACGCAGCUGGACACCAUAGUGCAGCUUCAUCAUCCACCAAUACCGUCAUGGAUAGAGUCAUGUCGACGUACGCUUCAUCCAUCAAGGCACUGAUACAUGGACGGCGACAUACCAUUCGAGAUCGUGACGCUACUGAACCGGACUCAGCCCUCCUGAUUGCCAUGCGCGAAACGCCCAAUCUAUCGGCGGGUGGACUCCUCCCAUUCGCCGUUGAUGAGUUGGAUAUGCUGGCAGCACUGUGCCCCUCACUCGGACUAGAACCCUCCUUGCCCCCGCGGCGCAGAGACGAGGUCCUCGAAGGUCUAAAGAAAUGCAAGAUAUUUCACUUUGCCGGCCAUGGGCAGUCUGAUCCGGCGGACCCUUCGCAAAGCUGCUUGCUCCUCGAGGACUGGGAGACGAACCCACUGACGGCGGGUACACUUCGUGAUCACAGGCUGCAAGAUAACCCUCCCUUCUUCGCCUAUCUCUCCGCCUGUUCCACGGGGGCCAACGAGUCCGACAGGUUCGCUGACGAGGGAGUCCAUCUUGCCCACGCCUUCCAGCUCGCUGGGUUCCGGCAUGUCGUUGGAACGCUCUGGAGAGUAUCUGACAGGUAUUCCGUCCAGGUGGCGAAGGUACUCUACGAGACGAUGCAGCAUGCAGGUGUGACAGACCAGGCCAUCUGCUUGGGUCUCCAUCGUGCUGUCAGGGCCCUGCGGGAUGGUCGUAUCGACAUGGAUGUUGAUGUGCCGAAGCGAGCAGGCGAGAUUAGGGAUAUUGUUGGUUGCGAAGAGGAUACCAAGCCACUUUACUGGGUUCCCUACGUUCACUUUGGUGUAUAG